AUGGCCCGGCAGACACUUGACCAUGACAGCUGGGAUCCAGCAAAGCCCCUGGCAGGUGGUCAGCCCGGGCCUGCUGGGAAGCGCCGUUCAGGCGUGCGUCAGGACUACAUUUCCCAGCGUGCUGUGCGGCGACGCUUGCUUGUUGCCGUGGAGACGCGGCCGGGCGCCGGCAAAGCUGUGCGACCCAGGAGCCCCCGCGCGGCGCACGCGCACCGGGCCGCUCGGCACCGGGACGGGAGAGAACUUCCGGCGCCUGGACUGUCACUUGGCCGUUGGGCCUCAUCAGCUGUCGUCCCGCAGCGCGGGGUACGCGGCGCUGUUCCCGGAGGCGAAGAUGGAGAAGCGCAGCGAGUGGAGGCUCCGUCUCGCUCCCGUGCCCGCAUCGUAACCUCGAUCGAGGGUCCUGCUCUCCAGCCCCGGUUCCCCGAGCGCACCCUGCCCUGGUCCCUGGGACGGUCGGCGAACGCUCUGCGGCGCCGGGAAGCAGCGCCUCGGACAUUGUGCGCGUUUGACAGCCGGGCGACGGGGACUGGACGGGCACGGGGCCCUGCGGUGUCCGAUGGCGGCUGCCGUGGCGCAGGUGUAUCCGGCGCAGUCUCCACGCUGUCAGCCGAGGGCCUGGUGGCCUUUGAGGACGUGGCUGUGUACUUCUCCCAGGAGGAGUGGAGUCUGCUUGACCUGGCCCAGAGAACCCUGUACCGUCAUGUGAUGCUUGAGAACUUUGCCCUCGUAGCCUCACUAGGGCUUGCAGCCUCUAGACCCCGAGUGGUCAUCCAGCUUGAACGUGGUGAGGAGCCCUGGGUCCCCACCAGGACAGAUACAGCCCGGGUCUCAGCGAGGAAAGUCCAGAGGAGAGCCAGCCCUGGUGAGUGGUCCCUGUUCGAAGUGGGGAAAGUUCCUGGAGAUGCAGCCUUGCUGAGGACCUUCCCGGAGAGCCCGUCUCUGCCUCUGUCUGCCCGUGCCCUGCCUUCCGUGGAUGCCUGUGACCUGAGGGAGAGUGUGGAGGGCCGGCGGGAGAGAAAGACCACCGGCGUGUCCGUCAUCUACUGGGAGCAGCUUCUGCCAGGCUCCAGCCAUGGGGAGGCGAGCAUUGGCCUGCGACUGACUUCCCCGCUGUGGGCUGCGGAGGGCAGCCUGCCGAGGGGACAGGUCCUCACGGACCACCUGGCCUCAGGAAGGCCGCGGGCGUCGGAGGAGGCUCGGGGGAGAGCAGGCUGGUGUGUCCCGGUUCCCGCGGCCGGGAAGCUGCCCGCCUGCACAGGGCCGGCGCUGGCCAUUCUGAACGGAGAGGUGCGAGCGCUGCCCGUGGGCCCGGAGGCCGGGGCCGACCUCCUCCCCGAGGACCGGCCGCUGGAGUGCAGGGCCUGCAGCAAGGUGUUCGUCAAGAGCUCGGACCUGCUCAAGCACCUGCGCACGCACACCGGCGAGCGGCCCUACUCCUGCGCCCAGUGCGGCAAGGCCUUCAGCCAGACGUCGCACCUGACGCAGCACCAGCGCAUCCACAGCGGCGAGACGCCCUACGCCUGCCCGGCCUGCGGCAAGGCCUUCCGCCACAGCUCGUCGCUCGUGCGCCACCAGCGCAUCCACACGGCCGAGAAGGCCUUCCGCUGCGACGACUGCGGCAAGGCCUUCAGCCACGGCUCCAACCUCAGCCAGCACCGCAAGAUCCACGAGGGCGGCCGGCCCUACGUGUGCACGCAGUGCGGCCGGCGCUUCUGCCGCAACGCGCACCUGAUCCAGCACGCGCGCACGCACACCGGCGAGAAGCCCUACACCUGCGCGCUCUGCGGCGCAGCCUUCAGCCAGGGCUCGUCGCUCUUCAAGCACCAGCGCGUGCACACGGGCGAGAAGCCUUUCUCGUGCGCGCAGUGCGGCCGCGCUUUCAGCCACAGCUCCAACCUCACGCAGCACCAGCUGCUGCACAGCGGCGAGCGGCCCUUCCGCUGCACGCACUGCGGCAAGGCCUUCGCCAAGGGCGCGGUGUUGCUCAGCCACCAGCGCAUCCACACCGGCGAGAAGCCCUUCGUGUGUCCGCAGUGCGGCCGCGCCUUCCGCGAGCGCCCGGCCCUCCUCCACCACCAGAGAAUCCACACGGGCGAGAAAGCGGGGCGGCGGCCCCAGUCCAGGGCUCCUUCCGCGGCAGCACCCGCGGGUGCUCCAGGAAGGAAGGCAUCCGGGGAUGCUCCAGGAAAGACGAUGCCCGAGGGUGCUCCAGGCAGGACGGCCCCUGCGGUUGCUCCAGGGAGGACGGUACCCGGGGGUGCUCCAGGGUGGAAGGCCGGUCACACACCCCUCUCAGGUCCAACUGCAGACUUGAAGCUUAUGGAGGUCAGAGAUGGCAAGUCCGGCCUACCAGGCAUGCACAGCGUUGCCAUGCCAACGCGUGGGAGGGGCGUGUCGUGCGCAAGCGCGCAGGGAAUGCGUGCGGCCCUGGCGCGGCGCCAUUCCUCGGAAGUGGCCUCGGGCCCCGGCGCCGCGGUCCGGCCGCUGCUGACGCGCGACGCUCCGCAGGCCGCCGGGGGUGGCCGUUUCCGCCCCGGCUCGUCCUCUCACGGUCGCGCGAGUCCGCGAAGAUGUGAGGGACGGGUGCGCGGCGGGGCGGAGACCGGGCCGGCAUCGAAGGAGCUGCUGCCUCCGUCGACUUCUGCACCGAGCGGAAAUCCGUCAGGCCCUGCCGAGCCCCCCGUCCGCAACCCGACUCGCAGUCGGCGUUUUAUUACUAAGACCUGGGAGUGGACCCGUGAGCCAGCCGGGAACCCCGAUAAAAUUCACGGGGCACAUUCUAGUAUGGGACGGACCAGAGAGAAUCCAUGUCGGGAGUUCUUCAAGUAUGAAAAGAUUGAAAAUAAAAGCACUUGUAAAAUCUGUAAGACAGACAUGGUUGGAGACCACGCAGCCAACUUAGAAAGGCACCUGAAACGCCACCACACAGACGAAUACAACGCAGUGCAGAGCAAGAAGACCAAGAAGACGGAAGAGAGUGUCAGGAGUGCUCCAAGCAAACAGCAGAAAGUCUUAGAGGAGCUGGCCCUUCCAGAAUUCCUGAAGGCUCGUUCCAAGGAGCAGAUGCUGGAGCUGCUGGUGCUGGAGCAGUUCCUGGGGGUGCUGCCCCCCGAGAUCCAGGCCUGGGUUCGUGAGCAGCAUCCAGGCACCCCUGAGGAGGUGGUGGCCCUGGUGGAAGGCCUGCAGCAUGACCCUGGGCAGCUCUUGGGCUGGAUCACAGCCCAUGUUCUAGGGCAGGAGGUAUCUCCAACACCUCAGAAGGCCAAAUUAGCAUCACAGGGUCACCUCCCCUCAGGCUCUGCAGAACCCCGUCUUGCCCUGAUAGAGGGGCCUGCCCAGCUCAACUGCCACGUGAAGGAGGAGCCAGAUGCCGACAGGCAGCAGAUAGGAGAUGAGGGCAGGAGCCUCCUGGAGGCGCCCGCAGCCUCCCCAGAGGUCUGGCCUCUGCAAGGCCCAGCCACCAUGUAUGUCCCAGUGCCGCAGGCCAGUGGUGUACAAGGCUGGACCGCGUCACCCGGGCCUGGCGUCCAAGCGAAGACUGACCGUCGGGUGCGUGGUCCGCCAGGAUCCAGCCGGCGGAACUCGUCGGACACGGGCCUCUCGGGACCGACAGUCCUGCGCAAAUACUCGCCCGUGGGGGCCCAGGCCUGCGCGCUGAGCUUCAUGGGAGACGUAGUCCGCCCCGGGCCUCGCAGCGGAGCCCUGAUUGCUAGCCGGUCCAGCUCCCCGGGACGCGGACACGGGCAGCGACGCCUGCGAGCCGGUCCAGCUCCCCGGGACACGGGCCGCGACGCCUGCGAGCCGGUGAAGGGGCAGCGGGUCCCAGCAGCCCGUCGCGGGGAGGGAGGCGUGUCCGUCCUGGACUCCUCACAGGCGGCGUGGCUCCUGAAGCCCUGGGGUCAGGCCAUGUCGGUGGACAACGGGGGUCAGUCCACUUGUGCACACAGCCCUGGGAUUACUUCCAGAAACUCCAGCAAGACUAUGCACACAAAGAUGCCGUCCCCACUGCGUCCUCCGACGCUAACCCCUGUGGACCCCGCAGCCACCUUGGAGGAGCUGGAGGCCGCCCGCCUGAGCUUCCGAAGCUUCCGCUACCAGGAAGCAGCUGGGCCCCUCGAGGCCCUGGCCCGGCUGCGCCAGCUGUGCCACCAGUGGCUGCGGCCCGAGGCUCGUUCCAAGGAGCAGAUGCUGGAGCUGCUGGUGCUGGAGCAGUUCCUGGGGGUGCUGCCCCCCGAGAUCCAGGCCUGGGUUCGUGAGCAGCAUCCAGGCACCCCUGAGGAGGUGGUGGCCCUGGUGGAAGGCCUGCAGCAUGACCCUGGGCAGCUCUUGGGCUGGAUCACGGCCCAUGUCCUAGGGCGUGAAGUACCUCCAGCACCCCAGAAGGCCGAAGUGUCGUCAAGUCUCCUCCCUUCGGGCUCCGCAGAGCCCUGUGGGGCAGCCCCUGGGGAGGGUCCAGCCCAGCUCAGCUGCAGCGUGAAGGAGGAGCCAGCUGUUGGCAGGCAGCAGAUGGCACUAGAUCAUCUGGACGCCGUGGGGUGGGCAGGUGCACAUGGUGACCUGCUCGUGUCCCUGCAGGAGGAAUGGGGGCUGCUGGAUGCAUCACAGAAGGAGCUGUACUGGGACGUGAUGCUUGAGAAGUACGGGACUGUAGUCUCCCGGGGGGCGCCGCCUAAGCCAGAGCUACCUGUUGUGGCUGAAGCAGGAGUUCCACGUGGGACAGAGAGCCACCCAGGAGAUGAGAGCGGCAGUCCCCAGGAGGCAUCUCCCAGCUGUAACAAAGCACAGCCAGCACAGAGCCCAGAUGCCAUUUUUGUCCCGUUACCACAGUCAGCUGGUGCUCAGAGUCAGACUGUGUGCCCUGGGCCUGGACUGAGGCCUGGCACCUCACACAGGAAACCGUAUACCUGUGAGCAGUGUGGCUGCAGCUUUGGCUGGAAGUCGGUGUAUGUCAUCCACCGGCGUGUGCACAUGAGAGGGCAACUCGCUGGCUGGGGCCCCGAGAGACUGUCGUCGAGCUCCCGAGAGUCAGCGCUCCAGCCCCAACGAGCACCUCUGGGGUCCCGCACCUACCUGUGUGAGGAAUGUGGGCGCAGUUUCAGCUGGAAGUCACAGCUGGUUGUACACCGUAAGAGCCAUGUUGGGCAGCGGCGGCACUGUUGUAAAGACUGUGGCCGCAGCUUUGAUUGGAAGUCCCAGCUGGUCAUCCACAGGAGAAGCCACAAGCUUGAGUUCUCGUGA